AUGAUCAGUUUUGCGAAGAACUGCAAAGGUUUGAAGAGGCUUUCAUGUGGAUCUUGCACUUUCGGUGCUAAAGGAAUGAACGCUAUCCUCGAUAACUGCUCGGCUCUAGAAGAAUUAUCGGUGAAGCGAUUACGUGGCAUCAGUGACGGAGCGGGAGCGGCAGCAGCAGCGGCAGCGGAACCAAUUGGACCUGGUUUAUCCGCAUCAUCUCUUAAACUCAUCUGCUUGAAGGAUCUCUACAAUGCACAGUGUUUUGGACCACUGAUAAUGGGGGCGAAAAAUCUCACAACGCUAAAGCUGUUUAGGUGUUCCGGAGAUUGGGAUAAACUACUGGAGCUUGUUACUGAUCACGUCGAGGGAUUGAUCGAAGUCCAUCUGGAAAGGCUACAGGUGAGUGAUGCUGGGCUCACAGCCCUUUCCCGUUGUCAAAACCUGCAAAUCUUGCACAUCUUGAAAACACCAGAUUGUUCAAAUUUAGGGUUAAUUUCUGUUGCUGAGAACUGUAAGCUUUUGAGGAAGCUUCACAUCGAUGGCUGGAAAACCAACAGAAUAAACGAUGAAGGGUUGAUUGGCGUCUCCAAACACUGCCCUAACCUUCAAGAGCUAGUGCUUAUCGGUGUUAAUUCUACUCGUAUCAGUCUAGAACUCCUAGCUACAAAUUGCCAGAAGUUAGAGCGAUUAGCAUUAUGUGGGAGUGAAACAAUUGGGGAUGCUGAGAUUUCCUGCAUAGCUGAGAAAUGCACAGCUUUGAAGAAGCUCUGCAUCAAGAGUUGCCCUGUUUCUGAUCAUGGAAUGGAAGCACUUGCAGGUGGGUGCCCUAAUUUGGUAAAAGUUAAGGUAAAGAAGUGUCGUGGAGUAACCGGUGAUGGUGCUGGGUGGUUGAGGGCUAGUCGGGAGUCACUGGCUGUCAAUUUGGACACCACCGAAGUUGAAAGCCAGGAUGCCGCCAGUGAUGGAGCGGUGGAGAACCCUCCUGCCGCCAGCGAAAGUGGUGGCGCCAGUUCUAGCAAUACCACUACUAGAUCAACAUCAUUCAAAGCUAGAUUAGGGUUUAUUGCUGGGAAAACCUUGAGGAAGUGGUCAAGUUUCAAUGGUGGCUCUCGGAGUCAAUGA